CACAUUUAAGAAGACCUAAUAAUUAUUGAAGAUGAUGUCGUUGUCAGGUGUUAGAGAGCAGGUGACAUGGUUGAUGUAAGUUUGUAGUACUUUAUUUAGUAGUGGUUCAACGUCGUGGAUCUCCUGCAGGCCCAUCAAGGAAAUCACCGAACACGAGUUUCUCAGCCACAAGCUGCUUGGGCACGAGGAGAACGGUGUUCAGCACUGCAACUCAACGCUCUUUGACUCGAUAUCAUCCAGGAGUAUUUCAUCUGUUUCUUCUGUCUUUUGUGAUGCCUUGCAACCUUUGAUAUUAAUUGGCUUGAAUAUCGGUGGACAUAAUGGAUACCAGGGAUGAUUUGACUAGGGCUGCCCUAGUUCAAUACAUUCCCUCUCUGAAUGAUUCCUCCUUACUCAAACCAGAGCUGCGGCCUGUGUUUACCUUUGCACCACUCUGCUCCCAACCUUGGCAGCCAAUUCCAAGCUGCAGCAGUAACCCUAUUUUCUCCUUGUUUUCAGAGGACGACUUCCCACCUCUCAAGUCUAAACACACACAGCCCGUGCCUGGUCCUUCCAAUCUUUUGAAGCAGUCUGCUCCGGUGAACUUAUACCCGAGUCCACCGUCCAGCACUUCUCCAUCAAAGUGCACCAUCUCACUACCAGAAGAAAGAGGCGAACUUACACCCAUCUUCACUACCCAUUCACCAGGCGUCUUGGACUCCCCGACUGUUAUGCGUCAGUUACCGGGCUAUGAAGAUAAUGACGAUGAUUCGAUGUUUGACGAGAGUGGGCAUACAGCUCAUCAGAGUGAUUUUGAAGAGGAUUUCUAUGACGGGAUAUCUGCUAUGUCGGAUAGUUCCGCCGAGUCAGAUUCGCCGCUUUCACCUCUAUCACCACCCUGGAAGCCGCCACCCGAACACAACUUGGUGAAAUCCCUUUGGGAUGAUCCGCCCUCGCCCAAAUUUUCCUGGUCUCCCUGUUUAGGGAGCGAGGACAUUGGCGAUCUCUCUACAUCAGUAUCGAACAACAUAACAUCCUUUUCAUCUGAUCAGGCGCCCUACCUUCUUGGCGUUGAUCCGCCCUGUCCCAGACUCGUGCCGCUCCACAUACCCUGGCCAUCGCACCAACACAUACCCAUGCAUCAACUAGAUGAGCAACCCCCAUCCUCCUCCCAAUGUCCGGCGCUUUCGUCGACAGACAUGGUCAUCGACGGCCCUCCAGAACUGCGAUCCCCUCAUCUCUCCCUUUCUGGUCUUCCCGAGCUAGAGCAUGAAAAAGCGCUACCCAAUAUACCACCAUCAUCUCCCAGCAGGCGGUCCUGCUCCUCUCUGCCCGACGACACAGAUAACCUCCCACCUUCUCCAUUCUCUCCUGGCCCAUCCCUCCUCUCGCUUCCAGGUGCUGACACAGACGACGACCUCCUCCCCAGUGCAUCCGCAUUUGUGCCCCUCGCGUCAUUGCAAACCGUCCCGUUUGUUGCCAGCCAGCCCCUUUUGUUCAUCCAUGAUCCGAGGGACGUACCUCUUCCACGCUCACCCUCGCCUGAGGAUUUCAAUCUCUGCCUUUCCGUGCACGAUAUGGACAGCGACCCUGAGCUCGCACAACUCUUCGAGUUGCGUAAGCGCUCACUUGCUGCACUGCAGGGGUCGCCCGAGGGUCUGGAAUGCACAGACGCAUACAUGCGCAAGUCGAAGAAGAAGCGAGAACGGGAGAGGAGCGCAGAGGUCGGAGCUCUUCUCAGGUUAAAGCUGGGCGACAAGCUCGGCAUGGAUGUAAACGAAGGGAAGAGUCCUGAACGCCGCAAGAAGGGCGUCAUAGGAAGCAUAUCCCAGCUAGUCGCACAGAUGGUGUUCCGGCGGCACGAGGCUUCACGACCACUGGCGAAACGCAAGCCGGUAUUAUAUGCGCAGGAAUAUGUGCAUUCUCAACUGUCGGCAUGUAUUGAUGAUGAUCCGUAACUACGAGGAUCGGAUCAGUGCUGUUUUUUUUAGGUGCGUAUGCUUGGAUUGCGCGCAUUUUGGGCGGGGCACUUAUUUUUGGUGCGUGACUCGUGGUGUAGACUUCGGAGGUGCACCAUUUGGCGCUGUACAUUCAAGUGUUAUGUUGUUGGACUAUGUCCUUGUAUGCCUUUAGUUUGUAAUCAUCGUUGACACCGCUAGCAUGGAACCGCUCUCCCAAACCCCCUUUGUUUCCCAUCUAUUGGAUUUAUGUUUGCAGAUAUAGGAAUAGGCGCCCGUGUACGACACGAAAAAAUCUAACUACGUCGAAAACUAUACAUUUGUUGUACAUCAUAUAUGCCAGAUUCGUAAUAUCUAUGCAGUUCCGCUAUUCCUCUCUCGAUUCUAUGCAUUCUCCUUCGCAGCUUCGAUUGUGAAAAUCAUUGAGCAAUUUGAAAAGUUCAGAUCAGAUUG